GGAACCGUGCUAAGAUGACACUUUGCCCCGGUAGCACCCCUUCAUGAUUUUCGUUUCUCAUUGACUCUCUGCCUUUCUCUUACAAUAUGAAAUUUGCUCGAUAUCUGAAGGAAACCCAGACUGCGGAAUGGAAAAAGGCGUAUAUUGACUAUCAAGGGCUCAAGAAACGAAUUACGGCCAUCAGGCGAUGGCAGGAGGGCCAUACCAUCAUUCUCACACCACUAGGAUCCGAAGAACCUAUCACAGAGUCUCCGAGGACCUCUACAGAGUCGGACGAGCAUACCCACCAUGGCGAUGACAGUGAACCAAGCUCGUCGAAACUCGAUGGCAACCCUCCUCGCAAUGAUCCAUCGGAUGGCAACCCUCCACGCAACGAUCCAUCGGCAAAGAACCAAAAGCCGUCCAGCAAACAAAGUCGUCUCCGCUCAAGGCUGCUGCGGGGAGCUCGGAGCUUGCGUGGACACUCCACUCCUCAUCCAUACUCUCUCCCUCUUACCCUCCAGGACCUACGCGGACAGCUUUCUCCUGAGGAACUUUCCUUUUUAGAUGCACUUGACAAGGAGCUUGAAAAGAUUGAGACCUUCUACCUUGAUCGCGAAAAGGAGAUGCAGACACGGACCACCGCGUUAGAGGGGCAGCUUCACGAGCUCAGUUACCAUAGAAAGCUCUUCCACGAGACGCAUCCUUCAACUUCGAAACCCUGGAUAUUAGGUAAAGUUGGCAAAGUAGGUUUCAGGAAACCGCAAAAAGCCGUCAACGCGGACGGGUAUCGGCCUCAGAGAAACUGCAACGAAACUGCGCACCCGCACGGAAAAAGCCCCAGUUACGCUCACGCUCUUGACCCGGAUGAAUACCAGAACGCAAAAAAGAAGCUUAACAAGGCGGUAUUGGAACACUACCGCGGUCUCGAAACGCUGCACAAUUAUCGAGUUUUGAACCUGACUGGAUUCCGCAAGGCGUUAAAAAAGUUCGAGAAAGUGACCAAGAUACCUCUCCAGAGCGCUUAUCUGUCAGAGAAGGUGGAAAUGAGUCCCCUAGUCUCUGACAAGGGCGUCCGUAAUAUGAUGGAAGAAAUGGAGACCAUAUAUGCAACUCAAUUCGGUAAGAACCCAAAUUUGAGGGACGCGGAUUGACUUUCAUCUCUAUCCUAGUACGAGGCGAUAAAAAGCGAGCAAUGUCGAGAUUGCGUGGAGGCUUCGUUACCCAGAGUCACCACUUCAGUACCUUCCGUUCAGGCAUUGUGCUAGGCCUUGGCAUCCCUGCUCUGGUUUCCGGUGUAUACCAAAGUUUUCAACAAUCCACACGGGAUCAAAUACCCGGAUGGGAUGGACUACUCUUCGCUUAUAGUGUUUUUCUUGUUCCAGUAAUCUUCUCAAUGCUUGUCGGGCUGAAUAUUUUG